UUUCGGCCCCAUCAAUGGCUCCCUCCACCUCCUUCUAGAAGCCGCCUGCCCCACCACCCGUGCUAGCGGUAGUGUAUCGGGUUCCCCUUCCUUCCUCCCUCCCUCCCUCUCCCUGCCCGCACUGUCCCAUCGCCCGCCCGCCCGCUCGCUUUCUGCCUUUCCCCCGCUCGCUGGGUGGCGGUGGUGGUGGAGGAAGUUGGAGGCGGGGGGCCGGCCGGCGCACGGGGAAAAGGAGGGGCGGAGGGGGACGCACGCAAAGGCAGAUAUACUUUCCACCGCCAGACUCCUCCUGGCUGGAGGAGUUCCGAUUCCCCCCCCUCUCUUUCUCUCUCUUCUUUCUCUCUCUCUCUUUCUUGCUCUGGAAGCAGGGGAGGAAAGGGGUUCUGAUUUGGGCGCGCCGUGGUUCGGUCCGGCUGAUUUGGGAGGUCUGCUCGCUUGAUUCGGGUUCGCUGAUUGACGGGCCGGUUCAUCUCCGGCGGCUCCAUUCGAGGGCCGGUCCGGCGAGCGAGCCAGUCGCCAUGGGGAACUGCUGGGGCGCCAAGAUCAGCUCCGACAGCUCCUCCUCCUCCCCUACAGGGACGAAUUCCAAGUAUGCUAGUAGGAAUGGGGCGGCCUUGAGCAGCUCCAGCAGCUAUGCCUCCGCGGCGUCAGUGCCACGGAGCGAGGGUGAGAUUCUGGAGUCAGCGAAUGUCAAGGCCUUCUCUUUCAAUGAGCUGAGGACCGCCACGAGAAACUUCCGGCCGGACAGUGUGCUAGGCGAGGGAGGGUUCGGGUCAGUCUUCAAGGGGUGGAUCGAUGAGAAGACCCUCACCCCAACCAAGCCUGGCACCGGGAUGGUCAUUGCUGUGAAGAAGCUUAAUCAGGAAAGCUAUCAGGGCCAUAGGGAAUGGCUGGCUGAAGUGAAUUACCUUGGACAACUAUCGCACCCGAAUCUUGUAAAGCUCGUUGGGUACUGUGUUGAAGACGAACAGCGGCUUCUCGUCUACGAGUUCAUGCCUCGUGGGAGUUUGGAGAAUCAUCUCUUUAGGAGUAAGUGCCUGGCCUUUUACUUUCCCUAUUCGCUGGGUGUUAUUCUACAGUUUUCUAAAGUGUCUGAACAUUCAGGGAGUACACAUUUCCAGCCGCUCUCCUGGAACCUUCGGAUGAAAAUUGCCCAUGGAGCAGCUAAGGGGCUCGCGUUUCUCCACAGUGACAAGGCCAAAGUCAUCUACCGUGAUUUCAAAACCUCAAAUAUCCUCCUAGAUGCGAACUACGACGCAAAGCUCUCAGAUUUUGGCCUGGCGAAGGACGGACCGACCGGUGACAAGAGCCAUGUGUCCACAAGGGUGAUGGGGACAUAUGGGUAUGCUGCACCAGAAUACCUUGCAACAGGCCACCUGACCACGAAGAGCGACGUGUACAGCUUCGGCGUGGUCCUCCUGGAGAUGCUGUCGGGGCGGCGCGCGGUGGACAAGAACCGGCCGACCGGCGAGCACAACCUGGUGGAGUGGGCGCGGCCGUACCUGACGAGCAAGCGGCGCAUCUUCCGCGUCCUGGACCCCCGUCUGGGCGGGCAGUACUCCCUCGCCAAGGCCCAGAAGGCGGCGUCGCUGGCGCUGCAGUGCCUCUCGGUGGACUCGAGGAACAGGCCGAGCAUGGAGCAGGUCGUCGUGGCGUUGGAGCAGCUCCACGACGCCAAGGAGGGAGGUAACAGCCCUCGCCCGCAGCUGCAGAGGAAGCCGAGCAGCAACCGGAGCCUGACCGGCUCGAGACCAUCGUCGACCAAGGGGAACAACAACAGGCCCGCUUCGUCGAGACCGGUUUGACCGGUCGAGUGGGAUCACAUAGCAUAAUCUACUAGAGAGAUGCGUUGAGGUGUAAUGUAUGUAUGGUAUAAUAGGGUUUUAGAGUGGUGAUCUGCGAAGAGGCAGCGGAUUUGUGAAUGUUUUGUGCCUGUGUUGUAGGGUUGUACCUUUGCAGCUUCUAGUGUUGGUAUGUACAGCUUGUAUCUAUCCGGUUGUAGCUUCUAGUGUCUGUAUGUAGUUAUUUUUGUCAAUGCCUGGUUGCUUUGGUUC